AUGGUCUUAGAUCGUGCGGCUGAUCCUACACAGACUGCGCAGCAGCCGCCUUCAGUGCCUCCGGAGGCACCCGUUGUCUUGGAUGCAUCAGCCCGCAACAGUUCUAUGGAGGCACGCCAUUCCAAGUCGGGCGAGCAUGUCCCGCCGGGAUCGCGCACGUUCAAACAGAUGCUGCGCUGGAAUCGCGGCAAGGAGUCGAAACCCAAAUAUCAACGCGCUGCGCCGGUGAACGUAGUUAGCGAGCUUUCUACGGGGCUUCUCACGGUGGCUAUGCUCAAAAUGCAUCUCGACCGAGACGAGCACGGCGAAGCGCGGGCGCCCGUUCUGCUCCAGCACCUGCGUGUCUCGAUUACCGACACGAUCCAUCUCGCGCAAUCAGGACAUACACUCUUCCGCCUAGAAUUGGCCUAUGGAUCAAGGAUGCACUGGAUAGUGUACCGGGAAACGCGCGAUUUUAUAGCGCUACAUGCCUACUUUCGCGCAGAAAAAGUCACGGAUGCGAUUACCAACCCGUUUUCGACGGAACAGGACAAUGCUCUACCCAGUUUCCCUAAAGGACAGCUGUCGCACUACCUUACGUGGCGCUCCCCUGAUGCAGGCGAAAAGCAGGCAGCGAUCGACCGCGACUACCGCGAGCAGCUGACCGACUACCUCAUCAAGCUCAUUUCCUUUGUUACUUUCAAGCCUCAAGCGAAUCGCCUGUGCCGCUUUUUCGAAUUGAGCACUAUGGCGGUGCAGAUGGCGCCCCUGUCCGGCACCCUAGGCAAGCAGGGAUACCUGCACAUCCACUCCAAAAGCUCUCUCAAGCGGUCCUUUGACUUGCUGUAUCUGUAUGAAAACAGGCGCCCGCGCUGGUUUAUCGUGCGUGAAAGCUAUAUCCUCAUCGUGGAGCAGGCCCACAGCACCAUCCUUCACGACGUUUUUCUUAUGGACCAGCAGUUCGAGGUUCGGCAGAAGCGCCGCCUGCACCGCUCGAUCCUGGAACAUUCUUCCCAAGGGCAAACAGAAUCGACACCUCAUCGCCACACGGGCGGCACCGUCCAUCCCUACGUGACCCACCACAAGUUUACAGUCUGUAAUGCCGAGCGCAAGUUAAAAUUGGAAGCCCGGACCGAGCGCGAAAUGGAGCAGUUCUUGCUCAGCCUCAAGUGGGCAGCACAGAAUAAUGUCUUUGGCAAGCCAAACCGCUUUGACAGCUUUGCCCCGAUCCGCAGGAAUGCCAGGCUGCAAUGGUUUGUCGAUGGCCGAGACUACUAUUGGCAGCUGUCAGAGGCUAUUUUGCACGCGCGUGAGCGCAUUUAUAUCCAUGACUGGUGGCUCUCGCCUGAAUUCUACUUUCGCCGACCUGGUACGCUGGAAUGGCGCCUGGAUCACCUGUUGAAGCGCAAAGCGGAAGAGGGCGUGCAAAUUCAUGUCAUUCUGUACAAUGAGGUGUCCAACGUGUUCACGCCCACCGAUUCGGGCUACGCCAAGUCGCGUUUGAUGCAGCUGCAUCCGAACAUUUUCGUGCAGCGCUCGCCUAGCCAUCUUAAGACGGGCACUUUCUACUGGGCGCAUCACGAGAAGAUGUGCGUGGUGGAUGAGAUGCUCGGCUUCAUGGGCGGCUUUGACCUGUGUUUCGGACGCUGGGACACACCUACCCAUGCGCUCAUUGAUGACGCAAUGAUGGAUAACCAGCCUUUCGACCAAGAUGAUACUAUGCUUGGGCCCGUACGCCACGGCGCCGAAGCGCACGUCUGGCCGGGACAGGAUUAUGCGAAUGAGCGGGUGGCCGAGUGGCAAAAUCUCACGCAGCCCGAGGUCGAUCUGAUACCCCGCGAUAAAGUGCCACGCAUGCCGUGGCACGACGUCGGAGUGCAGAUCGUUGGACAGCCCGCGCGUGACUUGUGUCGCCACUUUUGCCAGCGUUGGAAUAUGCUGUUGCGUUCGAAGAAACAUACACGCCGGAUGCCCUUUUUGCUGCCGCCGCCAGAUCUGACACUCUAUCAGAUGGAGCGCUAUGGUAUUAUCGGCACCUGCGAGGCGCAAAUCUGUCGCUCGGGCGGUCCGUGGAGCCUGAGCACCAGUAAGAAGGUGGAAUUUUCGAUUCAGAAUGCCUACUUGAAGGCGAUCGAGCAAAGCGAUCAUUUUGUGUAUAUCGAAAAUCAGUUCUUUGUCACCUCAACGACGAUGGAGAAUACCGAGAUUGAAAACCGCAUUGGUUUGGCACUCGUGGAGCGCAUUGUGCGCGCGCACAACGAAGGAACGAAGUGGCGGGCGGUGAUUGUGAUUCCUGCCACGCCUGGCUUCCCUAUGGACUAUGACCACCCUGAGAGCAGCUCGGUGCGUAUUAUUUCAGCGCUGCAGUACCUGUCCAUAUCCCGCGGCCCCAACUCUAUCUUUGGACGCCUUGAGCGCGUGGGUAUCCAUCCGCACGAGUAUAUCGGGUUCUUUGCACUUCGCAACUGGGGACGCAUGCGCUCUGGCCAGCUUGUCACCGAGCAGGUGUAUCCUCACGACAAAGUUAUGAUUGUGGACGAUCGCCUGGCAAUCAUUGGCAGUGCCAACAUCAAUGAGCGGAGUAUGCGCGGGGACCAUGACUCAGAGUUGGCCUGUAUCGUACGUGAUGAAGACCGGCUGGUAUCGAAAAUGGCUGGCGAGCCCUACGACGUAGGUCGCUUUCCCCACACGUUGCGUCUGCGGCUCAUGCGCGAGCACCUCGGUGUGGAUGUCGAUGCGGUUGAUCGUGCUCUGCGCGAGGGCCAUCCGUACGAGGAUCCACCCCCUGCGGAUGCAUGGCCGGACGAGCGUCCCCGAAUCACGGCCAACAGCAUAGUUGACCCUGUGGCGAGCUAUGAAGUCUGGACCGCUGCUGCAUCAUACAACACGAUGGUAUACCGCAAGGUCUUUCAGUGCAUGCCGGACGACACGGUCACCACAUGGGCAGCAUACAAGAACGCCAAAGUACACAGCGACAAGUUGGCACGCUCUACAUAUGAGGCGAUGCACGCCGACGUCUUUUCUGCCGAGGCUCUGGAAGCAAUGGUGGUCCAACUGCAGACGCUUUGUGGCAACCUCGUCGAGCUUCCGCUGCACUUUUUGGAGCGCGAUGCAGCCGCAGGCAACUUCCUCUUCCCCAUGGACCACAUACAACCAAUCAUUGUAUACGAUUAG